AUGAUUGCAUUAUUUUAGGUUUUGGAUGGUUCACAUGUAUCCCUAUCUGGUUCUAAGCUUAAUAUUCUAUCAAAAGAUAAAUCAAAUUCCACUAUCUUAAUAUUUGAUUCUGAUCUCCUUUUGUUUCGGGAGUACUUGAUAACAAAUAGGAAGAUUUAGACUGCAUUCUGUGAUCCAAACAUACAGAUUCUGCUUUUAUUUGAAGAAUAGGAAUAAGAAUAAUUGACUUAGCUUUAUUCAGCCAAUUUAGAAAAAUCUUUUACACCAAUAUCAAAAAUAUUGAUUCCAGCUACUAAACUAAGAACUAUAGAUUGGUGUAAUUGUAGAAUUUGUGCAUUAAUUUUCGAAAAUUGUGUUGUCUUAUAUGAUAUUUUGUUAAACAAAAUUUUAACAAAAAUUACAUCAAAUUAUAAUACUAUAUCUAGAUUUUUAAUUUCUAAAAAGCUUACUUAAAUAUUUUGUUAAUAUUAAGAUAGAGAGAAUAAAUCGAUAUGUUUGGUAUUAACAAUUGAGAAUUAGAAUGAAGUAUAGAAGUUUGAGAAUUGUGCUUUCUUUAAAUUAAUCGAAGAAAAAGAUGAUAAUAAUUUGUUGAUGGUCCAAUAUCAAUCUAAUAAAAUGGUAAUAAUGUUGGCAAAAUUUGAUGAAGAAUUUAGAAUUGAGAGAAAAAUUGAGUAAUAGCUUUCUAAUCCUGAUUAAAAAAUUAUGAAAGUUGGAUAUAGAAAAUAAACGCAAGAAUUGCUUUUACUUGAUUCAAACUAAAAUUUGCAUAUUUAUUCAAUUAAUUCAGAUUUCUAGAUAAAUUUGAAAGCCCAAACUAUUCCAAAUAUCAUUUAAUUUAAUGUUUCUCUACUAAAAGAAAACUUAAUACUCAUUGACAAUAAAAAAAAUAUAAUUCUAUAAAAAUUGCCAUCAGAGACACAAAUAGAGCGUUUAACUUAUUAAACAUAAACUUUAUCCUUAGCAUCUCAGUUUAAAAAGAGAGCUAUUUAGGGUAUUUUAACAGAUCCGAAUAUUUCUUAAUAAACUAAACUAUUUGUUCAGUAAUAUCGUACAGAUUUUGAUAACUUGAGCCCAAAAUUUAAAAGUAUACUAAAUCUAAAAUUUAAAUCUCAGUUCUUACCUCUAGUUGAUUUUAGAAUUCUAAAUCUUGAUUAAAAUCAUAAUUCAAAAUUUAAAGAAUUUAUUCCAAAGAUGGAUACUUAUGCUGAAACUCAAAGUGUGAAGAAGCAUUUGAUUUAAUUAGAGGCUGCUCUCAAAGGAGAUAAUCCAAUCUUAUGUGAAGGUGGUGCUGCUUGUGGUAAGACUUCAAUAAUCUAAUAUUUGGCUUAUAAAAAUCAAUAGCCACUAAUAAUCAUGAAUCUUAGUUCUUUUACUUAAAUUUCUGAUUUAAUUGGCAAAGUUGAAAUUUUACCAGGAUUUAAAUUUGAAUUUUAACUUGGUCCUUUUGCUCAAGCUGUAUAAGAGGGUUUGUGGAUACUUUUGGAUGAAGCUAAUUUGGCAAGUGAUUCAAUACUGAGGGUUAUUGAAGAUGUUCUUGAACUUGGAUACAUCACUAUCUAUGGCAGUUAAAUUAAUUCUCAUGUCGAUUUAGUUGAUGGAACCUUAACAAUAAAGAAACAUUAAAAUUUCAAACUAUUUUUAACUCAAAAUCCAGCAACAGAUUAAAAGUUUGCUUCUUCUAGAAAUAUUUUUUCUCCAUCUUUGAUGAGUUAAUUUAUUACCAUUAAAUUUGAGCCAAUUAGCCCAAAUGACCUACAUUUGAUUAUUGACUAAAUCAUAUCCUAGAAACAGUAAGAAAUAAAAGAACAACUAAAACAACAUAUACCUAACUAAUAAUUAUCUUCAUUGCUAAUGAUAAUUUAUGAGGAAAUUAAAUAGAAAAAUAUGGAUGAUGGUCUGUUCACCAUAAGAGAUAUUGUUUAAAUUAUUGAUCUUUUCUUUUUAUGCCUAGAAUAAAUGAAGGAGAAAGUUUUAGAAAUAUUAAGUUUUAAGGAUUGUAUGAAAUUAAUCUCAACAUAGUUCAUCUCAUUAUAUAAAAAUCGUGAACUAAUUAAUUAUUAAAUUGACUAAAAUAAAGUUCUCUCUAACGCAAAUAAGUUAUUCUUCUCAACUAAAAAUUAGAGAGAGUCUGAAAUAUAAAAUUGGAACAGUAAUUAGCCACUUAAAUUUCUCUCAUUCCAUAAAUAUUUAUUUCAAAUGUUGACAUUGUGUUAUAAAACGAAAAGAGCGGCUCUAAUUGUGGGACAAUAAUAUUGUGGAAAAUUAUCAAGUGUUCUCCUUUGGCUUAAAUUGUUGAAUAUUUCAAAAUAUGAAGUAUUAGAACUAUCAUCAAAUACCACUGCAGAAGAUUUAUUUGGUAAGUAUCAACCAACUUAGAAUGGUUUUGAUUUCAUCUUAGGACCAGUAACCAGAUGUUUCCAUCAAGGAAAAAUUUUAAUUCUUACUAAUUUUGAUGCCCCCGAUUGUGCCUUGACAGAAUCACUAAAUGGUGUAUUAGAAAAGAAUUUUAACUAACUGGUAGUAUAAAAUCAAAAAUACUAAAGACAUGAAAAUUUUGCUAUAAUUGCAUUAUCAUCUGAUUUGGAGCAAUUAGAAAAAAAAAUUACCCCAUCUUUGAAAAGCAGAUUCGUAAGUUUGUAAAUAAAAUUUAGAUUGAAUUUGAAUGAUAUCACUUUAUUGUUAUAAUCAAUAGGACUAACAAAAAGAAAUUUUUAAUUUCCUAAAAUUAUUGAUUAGCUGAUGACAUUAGGUAAUAGCAAGGAUACCUCAAAUUUGGGAAAAAAGAUUGAACUGAUCUCAUUUAAUAAGAUAAUUAGAUUUUUAAAACCUAUUUAAGAGAUAUAAAAGUUUGCUAAAUCUUAAAAUAAUUAAGUUUUAUAACAAAAAAUUUUUGAGUGUAUUGAUUUCUUCUUAGCCUUUUGUUUGCAAGAUAAUAAAUCCAUUUUGAAUGAUAAUAUAAAAGUACCAAUAAAUUACCAAGAAUUAUUAUUAAAUAAUGGUAGGUAAAAUAAUUAUGUCAUUACUGAAUCAAGGAAAAGGGUUGCAGACAUUAUUGCAACUGCUAUUAAUGCUAAAGUUCCGUUAGUUUUAUAAGGAUCAGCAGGCGUUGGAAAAACAAAACUUAUUUCUACAUUCUAAUAAACAUGCAAAUUAUUUGAAUCAACUAGUUUUCAUUAUAUCAAUAUGAAUUAAAAUUCAGAGUUAAAUGAUUUAAUGGGAUAAUUUGUAUCUACAGGCUAGAAGGAUAAGAUAGAAUUUACAUUUAAAAAAGGUCCAUUAUUUUUAGGGAUGGAGUAAGGUGGCAUCGUUCUUAUAGAUGAAGCUAAUCUAUCAGAUGCUAGCAUACUUAACUUUUUAGCUAAUGUAGCCAAGUAUCCAUCAGAAUUUCAUGAUCCUGUUUCGGAUCAAAUAAUAAGGGUUCAUGAAAAAUUUCGAAUCUUAUUUGCAUAAAACCCUCCAUCCUAUAAUGGCAGAAAUUUGCUCCCAGACACAUUAGCAUCUAAAGUUAUAGUGGUCAAUGUUCCAAAUUAUAUUUUGGAAGAAGUACUUUAAAUUUGCACCGAAUCUUAGCCUUGUGUGUAAAAUGAAAAUUAGAUUUUCAUUAAAAGAGGUAUGGAAUAUUUUCUAACCAAAUUAAUACAAUAUCCUAAAGAUGGUAAUGAAAGAUAGCUGAAUAUUAAUGGUACUUAAUUUACUUUAAGGUAAUUCAUUAGAUUUCGAAAUCGAUUAGCGAGAACUGGUUUCUCUACAAACGAGCCUAAUUGGGAAAGCAUUUUACAAUUACAUUAAAUGAUACUUUUUCCGAAAAAUGCCUAUGAAGAAUAUAACUUAGAAUCUUAGAUAAAUAAAAUUGGAUAGAAUUUAUUUUUUUCGAUUAAAAAUCAAUAAGCUUAACUACAAAUAGCUCUUAAACUUAAGAAUAAAAUUUUGAAAAAAUAUGAGACAUUAGUUCAAAAUUUAAACUCAAUUUAAAGAUUAGUAUUCUGCAAAAUAGCAUUUUGCUAUUAUUUUAAAGAAAAUAUUCUAAUUUCAGGAGAGACCUCUUCAAAAACCUACUUGUCUAAAUUGUUUUCAGAAUUGAUUGAAUUUUAGAAUCCAAAUCCAUUUGAAUUAAUUUAUGUAACUUCUGAAACCAAUAUUACUGAUUUAGUUGGCAGUAUGGAGUCUCAUACUAAAAGUUCUUAUCACCAAUAUUGUUUAAGUUUGAUAAGAAGAUUUAAUUAGAAUAUGAAUUAAAAUGAAAAAAAAACUAUCGAAGAUCAUUUAUAAGAAUUAAAAUAAAGCUAUGAUUCACCAGAAUUCUUUGAUCAAACUAUUAAAAAUAUAGGCAAUUAAUUUCCCUUUAUUGAAAGAGGAUUGACAUUUAAUGCUAGAUUCGGUGGGGUUUUAUGUUUAAAAAAUAUAUCAUUGGCAGAAUAAUCUGUUAUUGAAGGAUUAAAUGCUUUAUUGGAGAUUGAACCCCAUUUUAUUGUAAAUGGAAAAGAAAUUAAAUUACAUAAUGAAUUUAUUUUGAUUGCAAUUAUUAAUAAUACAUUUGGAGGUUAAUUAAGUGAUGCAUUAUAGUCAAGAUUUACAAAAAUUCGAAUUCAAGUUCCAGACCUUAUUAAUCCUUCUUAAGAAAUAGAUAUUUCUUAUGAAAAAUAUCUUAUUAAUAAAAUCCCAGAUAUAACUUAAUAAAAAAAUAUUAUUUAGUUUAUAAAGGAACUUCUUAUUAGUACAAAAUAAUAUAAGGAGCUUUUCUAUUAAAAUAUAUCUAAUCGCAAAUUCUAUUAAUGGAUGAGCUUUUUGAAUUUAGAUUUGGAGGCAACAUUUUAAUAAAAAUUAGCAUUAGGAUUUUAAUUUGUGAUUUUGGAUAAAUAUAAAGUAAAUUUUGAAGAAGUCAUUACGAAUCCUGAACUUUAAGAACACUAUUAAUAAAUUUAAAACAAAAUUUAACUUAAAAUAAAAGAAAAAUAAUUUUUCAAUUCUCAAAAAAUCAUUAUAAACCCAAUUACUAAUAAAAUAUUAUAAAGAAUAUAUUCAGCAUUUUCUACAAAAUAUAUACCUUGCCUGAUAGGACCACCUGGAGUCGGAAAAUCUGCCAUUGCAUAGGAACUUGCUAAUAUAACUAAAAAAAAAUUCUGCAGAAUUUGUUGCUCAGAUUCUUUGAGUGCUGAAGAUUUAUUUGGAUCUUAUGCACCAAAGAUUGAAAAUGAUAAAGUAGUAUUCGUUUUCCAAUAGGGUUGUUUGGCAUAAGCAAUAUCUUCAAACAGCCUUAUUCUAUUUGAUGAAAUUAAUUUAGUAUCUCCUGAAAUAUUAAGCACUCUUUAAGCUUUAUUUAACACUGAUGAAAAAGAAAUUACAAUAAAAGAUAGUACAUUUAUUAAAGAAAAAUGCAUAUUUUUAUGCUCAAUGAAUCCCACUACAUAUUAAGGAAGAUAAGAAUUACCUUAAUGCAUAUCAAAUCUUUUAUGCGAAGUGUAUAUUGAAGCAUUCAAUAUUGAUCAUGUAAUUGACAUAUUUAAAUUGAAAUACUAAAAGGAGAUCAUAUAAUUAUAAAAGGCUGGAAUUAAUUUUAAUAUUAUUUUAGAUUUACACAAAGAGCUUGCUUUAUUAGACUAAGAAUAAUAAAAAUCCAACUAUGACUUUAAUAUAAGAUUUUUGGAAAAUCUCUUGUCUCUUUACAGCUAAUAUUUUUUAAAUCAAAUAUAAAAAUUAAAUAAUGAAAACCUUAAAUUAGAAUUAAUAAUUGUUUGUUUAGAUAUUAUAUAUGUUUAACACUUUUAUUAGACAGAAUUUUCACAAUAAGUACUAAAAAUAAUAUUGGAUAAAUUCGGCUUAAGUUAAGAUUAAUGGAAAAAACGAAGAGUUUUCUUAGAAUAAUAGGGAAAUGUAAUUAGAAUAAGUAGAUAAAUCGGAAAGGAUUUUAUACCCAUAUUUGAUUAGGUUUUAUCAAAUUAGGUCAUUCCUUAACUUUCCAAUAAUUCAUUCGUUGUUAACCUACAAAACUCUAUUAUUUUAGAGAAACUCUUUAUUGCAAUUAAUUCUAAAAAAGUAAUAUUAUGUUAAGGGGAUGUUUCAUCUGGGAAAACCUCAUGUGUUAUUAAAAUGGCAAAUCUUUUGAACUAAAGGUUCAUUUUGUUGCCAAUUCAUAGUGAUUUAGAAACUGAUGAUUUACUUGGUAGUUUUGCUUAAGUGAACCCUAAUCAUGAUGAAAUUUAAGUGGAAUUAGAGAGGUUAUCAAAAAAAUUCAUAUUGAGAAGAUAAGUAAUUGGAUAACAAUAAAAAGAGAUGCGAAUGAAAUAUGCUGAAGGAGUAUUAAAAAUUUGUUGUAAAUUUGGUUAUUGGUUAAUUUUGGAUAAUAUUAACCUAGCAAGAGCUGAAAUAGUAGAAAGGUUAAAUUCCUUAGGAGAAGAUUAGCCUUGUUUAUUUAAUAAUGAAUUUGGUGAUUCAAAUACUUGCAUAAUUCCACAUGAAAAUUUUCGUUUAAUAUGUUUGUAAAAUCCAACGAGAGUAGAUUAAAAUUAAUUGUCUCCUGCCUUUUAUAAUAGAUGUAUUAAAAUUAAUUUUGAAAUUGAUCUAAAACAUAAUUCAAACGAUAUUAUUGAGAUUUUAACCAUAAAAGGUUUAGGGUAAUAAUCAAUUCAACAAGAUAAUGUUGUUCUGGCGAGUAAUUUAUUAAAGUAAGUCAUAUUUAUUAAAGAACAUACAAAUGCUUUAAUUAAUAUAAGAAAUGUUAUAAAAGCCUUCAAUAUGAUUCAAGAAAAUGGAUUUUAAUAGUAUGAUUAAAUAAUGGAAAUUGUUUUUGGCUCAGAAUUUAAAGAAUCCAAAAAAAAUCCAUAUUUUCCCAUUUUUGAUUUAAAGUCUCAUAAUGUUACAGAUAAUAUUAUGGAUAAAUACACUGAUUCCAUAUUAAAUAAAUUAGUCUCAAACACAUUAAAAUAGAUAACUGAUUAACCCAAAAAAUUUCUAGAUUUUAUAAAUAUUAGUUAAUUUUUAAAAGCAAACUUGCUAGAAAAAGAAAUUUAGGUUUAUUAAAGGUUCAUUUAAGGUAUAAGCCAAUAAAUCUGUCUAGUUAAUUUUGUAGAGGAGAACUAAUAUGAUUUGGGAUGUUAUAAAUUUCAAGUAAAAGGAGAAUUAAUUAAAUAUGUUGGUUAACAAACUAUAAAAAUAUAUCCAACAUUUUUGUCCUUAUUUAUAUAAAGCAAAGUAUUGAAGAAUUUGUUAGUCAAAUCUAAAUUUGUAUUUUAGGAAUAAUCUAUUUUAGCUGAGGCAAGGUUAAAUUCUGAAGGUCAAAUGUUAGUAUCGUUCUAGUAACCAAAUGAUUUAUUUUUGGUUCCAUUGAUUAAGUCUCUUAUUGGACCAUCUUAUUAAUAGUUUUUUAAGAUUUUUAAGCAUAUGCUCUCAAAAUCUGAGAUUGAAUGCUCAAUAUAUCUAGAUUAGCAUAUAGAACUAUUCUUCAAUUUUAAAUUACUUGAUUAUUCAUUAUCCUACAUCCCCAAUCUUUAAUUUAAGAAUAUAUUUGGACAAAUUUCUUUAAAUAAAGAGAAUAUUAUUACAUAAUUUUCACUAAGUUGUGAUUUAUAACUUGAAUUAAAUUAGUAUUUUAUUAAAAAAGGUUUCUUUAGCAGAGUGCAUAAUUUAAAUUCACAUAGGGGUGAGAUUAGUAUUCCCCCUGAAAGUUAAAUUUUUAUCUUUUAAGAUUACAAUUGCUUCAAUUUAUUUUCAAAUAUAAAUAUAGUUUAAUCUCCAAAGUUUACCUCAUAUAUAGAUCUUGAGGAAAGAAAAGUAGAAAUAAAUUUAGAAUGUGAAAAUUCUAUUUAAAUCUAUAAGUUGCCAUUUCAUAUUAGAAUAAAUAGAAUUUUCGUUUAUUUCUUAUUAAAAGAAAAAAUUACUCUAAAUGGAAAUAUUCAAUGUACAUUUCAGAUAUUUGAUAAGGAUUUUUGUAGUUUAAAGGCCCAAAUUGAUAAAUCAAAGUUAAAAUUACAGUUAUCUUAAGGAUAGCAUUAAAUUAAUUGUUAAAAUUUCAUUAAAUAAUUUUUUUUGAAUUAUUUUGAGAGCAAUAACAUUUUUAUUUAACAGUUUGUGGAGAAUUAAAAGACUAUUAUAAAGAAAUUGGAUUUAAUCACUAAUACACUAUACUGGAAUUAUGAAUUUAAUUUUUAAAUUGAUUGGAAAAUGAAAAUUUUCAAAAAUAUUAUUUUAGAAAUGAAAAAUAUGGAUAUCUAUUGUCAUAUUGAUCCUUAGACAACGAACUUUACUAUUUGUUUCACUAUUGAAAUUCUUAAAUUUUGUUUUGAAUUUUAUGUUGAUUUUGACUUUUUGUCUUUUUUUUCCAAAUAAAAGAAAAAGUAAUUGACGAUGAUUUUAAAAAGUGGAAAAAAUUCUCCUCUUCUAAAAGAAAUUAUUGAGGUAUUUUCAAAAGAAUUGAAAAGCAAAUUAUAAAAUAUUUCUGGAUUUAAUUAAUAACAAACCAAAUAAUUCAAGAGGAAGGAAGAUUCUCCAUAAUUAUUCAAUGCUGAUAACUUUAGAAAAUUAGGAGAGUAACUUUCAUAAUAAUUUGAAGAAAAAGUUCAUUAAAUCCACAAUGAUCUUGGAUCUAAAUUACGCAUCGAAAAUUCUUAAUCCAAUUUGAAUGAAAAAAUUGAAAAAGAAAUUAAAUUAAAUUAUCAAGAAAAUAGCAAUUAGAAAUUUAAAUUAUCUCAAGAAUCUUAUAUAAUAUGGGAUGAUUAGAUUGAGUUGAAAUUUAGCGUCGAUCUAUUAAACCAAUGGAGUGUAUCCAAAUACUUAACCCUUAGUCAAUGUUGUUUAAAUAUUAUAGCAAAAAAUUAAAGUUUUGAUCUGAAUUUAAAUGGCUUUAUCAAAAUUAUGAAUAUGACUCUAAAUAAGUUUUAGUUGUUACUAACUCCUAACAGCUUGCUUGAUUUAAAUAUCGAAAAUGAACCCUUAAUAAUGUAGAUCAAUCCAAUUAGUUUCGGUUUUGGCUUGCUUGAUUAUUAGUUUGAAGAUUUAGAUAUAUUUCCUAAAUUAGAUUAAAUUGUUGGAUUUUAAUACAAUAUGUUAUCUCAAAAGUUUAACGGAGAGUUUAAAGUUGGGAAAUAAAAUAUUAAGCAUAACCUUUCUGGUUUAUAGUUUGAGAAUAUUUAACUAGUAUUUGGUUCAUCUGAUAAUUUAAAGAAUACCUUCGCAACUUUGGAAAUAAAAGUCAUUUUCUUUAAGCAAGAAAUUAAUUUUUAUUUAUAAUUUUAACGCGAAUAAAUUAAUAAACCUAAAAGUUUAAUUAGAUAAUUACAAUUUACUUCCUAUGCAUUAAAGAAUUUUAGUUUUAAUGAAUUCUUAGAAAAUAGUGUUGGAAUAACUCUUUCAUAAAAAAAAUUACAGUUUAAUGUUGAAAAUUUUGAGUUUUUUUUAAAAUUAGAAAAGAAUUUAUCUUGGAAACAUUCAAUAAUAUUAUAGAUAUAAAACAGUUAAUGUCAAAUUUUAGAGAAUUUUGUAAGACUUCAAAAUUUGAAUGGUUUGAUUCUUUAUAAAAAUUAAAGUUGGGUGGACAGUUGUAUAUCAGGAAUAUGCUUUGUUCGAGAUUUUAACUUAGGAUCUUUUAGUCUAACUUUUAACAAAGAAGUAAAUGGACUUGAAGCUAAAUUUUAAGUAAACCCUAAAUUUGAGACGAAAGAAUUUUUCUUAACUAUUCAUAAUAAAUAAUUGAAUUUCAUUUUUUUUGAGAAUAUAGGACAUGAUGAAAUAAAAGUUAACUUGGGUCUUUAUAACAAUAAAACCAUAUUCGAGCUUAAAGAAGAAGUUAAAAUAUUCUCAUGGAGUAAUAUCUCAGCUUUAAAGUUGAAAAACAUUGUCUUCAAGUAUUUUGUAAGUGAAGAGAUUGAAAUAGAAAAAAAUUCAAAUUUUUAAUUUGAAAUAGAAAUUUUUGAUGAUAUUAAUUUGAGAACUAAAAUAACUAUGCUACCUAGGACCACC